CCUUGAGGCUUGAACGAUGAUGGGUGGCCGACUCCUGUUUCUUUUCGUUCUCAGCUCUAACUUUGCAUUUGAUGUUAUUUUAGGUCUCAGUAUAAAUGUUGGAAGUCAUUGGACUGCCAAUAAGACUCUGAGUGGACCCCUUAUCAUUCAAGAUCAGGAAUUGGUGGUUUACUAUGAAAUCAGUACAGAUAUCCCAGAUGAGUCUGGAUCUGAGACUAAUCGAGCAUUGGGUCAUACGUUUGUGUCGUUAGGACUGAUUCCUAGUCUUACAAUCAUCAAUAGUACUUGGUCUGAAACAUUCUCCUUUGGAACAGAUUCAUGGAGGCCUGAAGAAGGUUACUGGGUGAUGCAUCUUCAUUGUAGUGUCUUCACUUGUACAGGUUCAGUGAAUAUCGGAGAAUGGUAUGGAAUUGUUGAAAUGGAUGUGCAUACCGGAUUACUCAGGAAAACUGUCAGUAUUGUGGACCCACAAACAGAACCAAUCCAAAGUCUAUGUGAUGCUACAUCUAGUAUUCCUACCACCAGUAUAGCUACAUCAUCUUACAGUAGACUGGUUUCAUCUCAAAGUCCUUGUUCUCCUGAUGUUGUUGUCAUGGCAACCAUAUCAGAUGACUCUAAUGUACACAUGGGACUAUCAUAUAAAGGUCUACAACCAGACAGUGUAGAUUGGUUUGAUCUGACUGAUAUUCUAUGUGGAAAUUUUUCAUCUCAAGAUUGUGAACUUGGAAGCUUGAUUGACUUGAAGCUGACUUCAGAGCAUCUCAUUAUCCUGACAUCGGAAGCCAUCUUUACCAUUCAUCUGAAAGGGCAAGGCUUGAAUAAGAACUUGGUCAAUACUGUCAACCUUGAUAUUAUUCUAGAAGACAUACUGCCCAAUGAUACUAGACUCUCAUACACUCCUACAUGCAAUCCUGAACGUUUGGUUGAUGAAGUGGUACUUCUGGUGAAACAGCUACCCUACCCCGAUACUCUACCAAGGAUCCUUGGUGUGAGCCGAUAUCCCUUUACCUCCUGGCUUCCGCUUAACAUCACUGAUGCUAUUCCUCUUCUUGGACUCCAUCUCCCACAGUCUUCAAGGUUUCUCAUCCUAGCUCAUCCUAGUCAUCAGGAUGAAUACAGAGUAAGCCUGUACCCCAUCAAUCACCUGUUUGCACCCCCGAGGGGUGGUAUGAAGCCCAUCUACACCCCUAAAGCACUCCCAUCAUCCUUCACACCCUACGGGGCAUGCUUAGAAACCACCGGCUACAACAGCUUCUUCUAUGGAAACCAGGUAAGUUUUAUAUUAAAUUAUUUGCUGAUUGACCCAUUUUUGUUAGCAGAUUGCCUACUGGAACUGGAUGGUUCCUAAGCAAAGCCUUUGGAUGUUACAGAAUUCUGGGUCCCAUCUUACACAGAGUUGCGAUUGAUCCGAUCAACCACAACUAUGGACGGCCAGCAACAUCAACAUCUAAAAUGCAAAUUUAUAUGAUGUAUAUUCAUACAUUCAUCAUUCUUUUGAAGAUAUGAUUCUCUUUGUUUACUAGUGAGAUUGUGCAAAUUAUGGUAUGGAUGGAUUUCCUGAUAGUUGAGAUUGAUUGGAUUAAUUGUAACUCUAUGUAAGAUGGGCGCAGUAAAAAAAAAAAAAGGUUGACCCAUUACCUAUAGAAAGCAGGUGAUAAGUGUGUCAGUGAGU